AUGUCAUUGGAUAAUUUGUGCACCGACGAACUUCAUCAACUUUUCUUAAACAUGGAUUACAAAACUCUGGAGCAUUCAAGAAACUCUUCCAAGAAAAUGAGAGAAGUCAUCGAUAAUUUUCGACAUUGGUACAGGUUUGUAAUUUAUUUUUGUUAAUUUGAUGUUGAUUAGUAAGAGUUUUUUUCAGCAAAGAGCCUGUCAAAAGUUUGUUUGUUGAAAGAGAAGGAACCGAAACAAAUUUGAUCGAAGUUAAAGAUGAACGGAGCCGAACCGUAAGUUUUUCCAAAAAAAAAACAAUGCUAAUCAUAAAUUUUUCAACCGUAUGUUUUUUUUCAGAAAGUAUCAACUCUUGAAAACACUGAUGAUAUUCGUAUUUUCAUUGCUCAUAUCAAUCCCGAAUGGCUUCUUUUCAACGACAAUACAGGUUUACACAAAAUGCACCACAAAUGGUGGUUGGAUCGAAAGAAGGUGCAUAUUUAUGCGACAAUCAAUUAUGAUUUGUACCUUCCAAUGUUCCGAAAUGUAACUAGUUUGAUAAUUGAAAGUGAAAGAAAAGUCAAUUUGAAAGAUGUGAUUGAUAGUAUGACUUGUAUAACACUUCUCAAAUUAAGCUGUCCUUUUGGAGUUGAAUGCGAAGAUGAGGAAUUGGAAAUUAUUCGCAACAAAACUGCAAAUCUUAAAUCACUUCAACUUGAUAUGGACAAUCAAAAAUCUCCGAAUAAUCAUUCUAUUUUGAAGUUCAUUGAAGAAGGAAAUCUAUGUCCAACUAGAACUUGUUUAUACUUUUCAAUUCUUGGAACAUCAGAAUCUGAACUUGAAAAUAUGUUGAAAAACAGCGAACGUGUUAGAAAUGUUCAAAAUCAUGGACCAACUUGGAUCAUUCGGAUGAAUAAUCAGAAAGAAGUUGCGCUAA